CGCCCCCUGAUGGUCGGCAGAGAGAAUGCAGGUUUUGAGACACUUCCGCAUUGGCUUCACUCGGCAGAACCGAAGAUUGCCACCUGUGUAAAAUCGGCAAACCCCUAUUUUAACAAGUGAGUUAGAGAUAUAGAGCAUCGUAUCUCGAGUGGGAGGUGGUCCACUUUUGAAUACAGAGCUCUUUGUGUACCAACAUUACCACUGUGAUCAUAGAAGUGAUCUUUUAAAAAAAUAUUUUAUCUUAACCACCUGGGAGCUCUGCUGCUGUGUGAAAUGCCUGAUAAAAUGUUACAAAUCCACAGAAAAAAACCCCACAGCUGCUGUGGGGGAGGCGAGGAGAAAACGAGUCCCACCUCUUCACUCUCAACUAGCGGAUGUGUUUUACUUUUCUUCUCUGUCGUACUUUCUCACUUCCCUCCUCUGCUAACUACCAAACUCGGCAUCAGGCAGGUGCCAAAAUAUUUCAUCUCUGUUUUAAGUAAUGCAGACUUUCGAAAUGGCGUUUGAGGAAAUCUAGUUCAGGAGAUAAUUAUUUAUAAAGAACUGUUUCUGGAGUUUAAAGACUUUUUGUUUUUUUGCGUUUUCUGUUGGGCCUUGAAGGCGGCAGCCGGCAUCCGCCCGUUUAAGAUCGAGAAGACUGACAAGAAAGUAGAUUUCCCUCCUCAUCUCUGAGAGGUCCGAUGUGUUUGGACAGAAUGACAGCCGGAGGACAGACGCCAGACCGCGCUGCAGAGACCCGGAACCAGCUAGACGAGACGAGGGGGCCUAGAGACCGAAGACGUCACGUGAGGCGUGCGUGAAGCUCACCGUUGGACGUCCGCUAACUGUACAUACCUAGUCCAUACCAGAGACAUUUAAGGACUCUGCACAGAGAGAUCUUGUAGGUCAGGUCACCGCUGGAAUCUCCAGGAAUGGAGUUAUCGUACUACCUGCCGUGAAAACGACUACCUGAACACGGGAGCACAGCACACACAGAGUGAUCGGUCGUUGUUGACUACCCGAUGAACCCUGUGCCUCUGAAGCUCCAGAGAGACGACCCCUGAGACCUCUUCAACGGGACCACAGCCACCUAGAGGCCAGAGACUAUCGGAGGCGGCCAUGAACGACGUGGAGGAGAUGUCUGUGAAGUGCGUCCUGGUUGGGGACAGUGCCGUGGGCAAGACGGCGCUGCUGGUCCGCUUCACCUCAGAGACCUUCCCAGAAACCUACAAGCCUACGGUGUUCGAGAACACGGGGGUGGAGGUGUAUAUGGAUGGAGUUCAGAUCAGCCUGGGGCUGUGGGAUACGGCGGGCAACGACAACUUCCGACAAAUCCGCCCGAGGUCCUACCAGCAGGCCGACGUCGUCCUCGUCUGCUACUCCGUGGCCAACCCCAACUCGCUGGCGAGCGUCCAGCACAAGUGGAUCGCAGAGGUCCGGGAGAACCUGCCCAAGGUGCCGGUGCUGGUCGUGGCCACGCAGACGGACCUGCGGGAGACGGGGGCGCACCGGGGCAGCUGCAUCUCGGCGGCGGAGGGGAGACGCCUGGCUCAUGAGGUCCGCGCCAAAGGCUACCUGGAGUGCUCGUCCUUGGGCAACCGCGGCGUGCAACAGGUGUUUGAGUAUGCAGUGCGGACGGCCUUGAACCAGGCCAGGAAACGGGCCAGGCGACGGAUGUUCGGCAUCAACCAGUGCAAGGUCUUUUGACCUUUGACCUUGACUUGGCGGGCACCUGAGAUGACUUUUGACAUAAUGCGUCUUAGUGUACUGUUCACACUCAGCGGGGGCCCAAAGCUGUAUUCCUCUUACAUACGUGUGGUUCUUCUUCUCCAACUAAGAGACUCCCUGAAACUCACACCAUAUUUAAAAAGGAGAACUUCUAGUUCUACUUUGGUGUGAUCCAGAAAGAGACGUAGAAAAGAACUUUGAUUCUUCUGAUCCGUCUAUGAAGUGAACCCCCCAGCACGUCUCAUGGUUGGAUUUCAAACGGGGCAUCAGAGAUGUUUCGUCGUUCAGAAAUACUCCAUUAAGAACUUUUGUUGUGAAGAAUAAAGCACUUAAAGCUUUAAUAUUGAAGGUGCACGUCAUUUCUUAAAAUCCUUAUAUCUCAUUUUGCGGUUGGAUCAGUAAAUAAACUUUAGAAUCGCAGCAUAAAAUUAAUAAGUGUACUUUUACUACCACAGAUAAAAUGACACAACUGGGUUUUGAAGUUGAAUAAACUUUUUACAGAUUUGUCAAAAUCAAACAGUUUAUUCUUAUGCUAUGAGUAUGAAGUCAGUAAAUAAUGGUGAGUGCAUGUUGUCAGUAAUUAUUUAAACUCUUCAGCAUAAGCCGAUUGGGUCCAUAUGUGGUGCAUAGAGCUCUACAUAUAAUAUAUUCUCUAUUAUUGCUCCAGAAAGGAUAAUAUUUCAUAAGACCAGACCAGGAAAUAAACCGCCAUAGGGAAAGCGCUUUAUACGUUUCUCUAGAUUAUAAAUGCAUUAUAUAUAUAUAUAUAUGUCAAAUCUAUUUAGAAGAUACAUAUUUGUAUUCUUUGAAAUGUUUACUCAGACAUUAAAUUUGACUAAUGCACAAUCGUAUUGAUAUACACAAGAUAAUUGAUACCUUUAUUUUGUAUUAUUUUUAUUUUAGUGAAGGAUCCAAAUUUCUUUUUAAUUCUAUAAUAAAGUAAAGAGACAUGAAACAUCAAAAUUAUCUAAAAUGUUCACAUUUUUACAUUUUAUUUAAACAUAUGCCACAUGUUGGCGCCAACUGUGGAUUUUUUGUGGAUUGUAAUUUUUUUUUAUUUAACUGUAUACCUCCUUUUAGAAAAUAUGGAAAAAAAUACAUGACCUGCUACCUAUGCUUCUUGCAAACGUCCAUGAAUCAAACCUAAGGAUGCAACACACUGAAACAGUAUUGUUUAAUUUAUAAAGAAGCGAAUAAAAGACUGGGAAAUCAUCUACAAGUGUUUGAAAUAUUUACAGUCAUUUUCCUCUAUAAUGGCUGUGUCAUCUCCUCUUUGGUUUCCUUCUCUAUCUGUUUGAGGGAGUUUACAUUAGAUUUGAAUUAGAAGUGAGCCUGUAUUGAAAAGUGUGCAUUCAUUCUGAAAGUACCCUUUUCUUGACUUCCAUUUUGUCUGACCCAAAUAAACUCGAGAAGAAUCACGGUGUAAUUUAAAGACUUCGUAUGUGAACGUCCCGUCUGCUUUGUAUGUGUAGUCUCAUAUUAUCAUGGCCACUUUAAAUAAACAUAUUUCAUAGAGUAUCAUACUAUGUGUCUGAUGUACGUACUUCUAUUACAUGUAUAUCACAUAGACCUAAUCGGACUAAAAAGCAAGUAAUAUCUGUCUGUGUUCUUCACAUAUCUCGAGAACAGCUCAUCUGAUCUCCUUCACGCUUGGUGGGUGUUUUGCCGGGGACCUCAUUAAGUGCUUUGUCGAAUUCGGUACAAUUUGGACUCGCGCUACAUUGCCAUACUAACUUACAACUUUAGCGUUGGUUUUGUCAAAGCGUGCGACUAAUGCACACCUGUUUGGAAAUAACAUUUGCUUUGUGUAUUACACCGAUGUUUCUGACCUAUAGGUUUGAUUUUCAGAGGUGGAUCUAGUGAUUUGCGGGCCUCAGGCAAACGCUGCCUU